AUGCUUAUAACGUGCCCCUCUUUACAGACCCCCGUAACGUUUCAGGAGGUGGCCGUCUGCAUCUGUGAAAAGCGAUGGAAAUCUCUCGAGUUAAAGACCAAAAAUCUUUACACGGACAUCCUGCAGGACAUUCACCAGACCCUGACGCAGCUCGGUCACAUCAUCCUCAACCCCAAGACCUUCAUCAGGGUUCAGGACCGAGACGGACACAUCACCAAACUCAGCGAGACGCCGCUGCUUACAGACUCUGAAAAUCUCCAACUCGACAUCGACGUGAAAGAGGAGGAAGCCGAUGACAUCAUCGUUACUAAGGCCGGCACCGGACACAGCGAAACAGACUCAGAAAACUCUGAACUGAACAUCGUGAUAAAGAACGAGGACGGCGAGGAGAUCCCCAUCAGCGAGCAGACGCAGUCCCGGCAGAGCGACGGGAACACCGAUUCGGGGCUCUUUCCGGUGAAUCGGAAGCGCGGCCGGCCCCGGAUUUAUUCUCCGGAGGUAGCCCAGAGGAGGAAGAUAGAAGCCGAGAGGAGGCGUCGGAACACGAGGGUCACCAUCGGCCAAGCGUGGCCCCUCUGGAUGUCUCUGAGGGCCGAGAAGGGCUUUACCAACGAGCGCCUCGCCUUCUACCUCAUAGACACCUACAGGAGAGUUUGUGAAUCCGAAAACUCUGAGGCAAUUUUGGGCCGGAAGGAGAGCGCUCCCCGCGUCGGAGAUUAUCACGGCAUCGAGGUGACGGUGGGAUUCUCGGGCGAGGAGAGUUCGAGUAGCGAGGAGGAAAAAGUGAACGGCGUCGGCAGCACAUAAGACCAGCCGGGACUGUGAUGUCAUUAAGCGGGAUGACGCCGGCGUCCGGCUCUGGACGGGUUAAUCCGGCUCCUCACUGCGUUGCCAGCGCAGCUCGCGGGUCUCCUCCGUGCCGUCCGGCGGCAGGUCUCGUAGACGCAGACGUUUGACCCGGCUGUCUCCGGCCCCCGCGGACGGGCGUGUGAAGCCCGGGCUCCGCACGUUAGUGGUCGGUAGAUGUGGUUUCUUCUGUUUGUUAUCCGUCUGGUGAAUUCCGCUUUAGUGUUUCUGCUUUCGUUUGGUAGAGGGGGGGGCGGGCGCGGCGGCCAAAAGGGGCCGACAGUCGCAGCCGGGGGGCCUUUUCUACUCAUCGUUUGGGGGUUAAACCUUUUUCCACCUCGUUUAGGGCCCUGUUUGUAGAUUCCUGAGGGGAGGAAUCCUCGGUUUGUCAAUAAAUUAUAUUUUGUUA